UACACACAAUUUAACUUGAUGUUGUUGCUGGCUGCAUGGGGCCACAGCUUUGAAAAGAAGGGCUUCUAAAACACAAAACAAAACACUUGUUCUACCUAAAGAAACAGAUGGCUGUACAGGAAGUAAACGGCACUUUUUCCAGUAGCUACAGGAACCCUGCAUUUGAGGAUGAUGUUGAAAGUGAGGUUCCAAACAAGAAAAAUGAUACAGCAUUAAGAAACAGGAACUCAGAAAGAGACAAUAUCCUCCAUCUUAACCAGCACGAUACAAACAUCAGCAUUGAGGGUGUUCAGCAAGUGGACAAACAUGAAUCUGGAGAACACAAGAGGCCUGGGUGUAAAGGGUGUCUUGAAAAGAAAUAUGAUGUGGUCUCUCAGUUUUGCAGGAAACAUAAAACUAGAAUUCGAUAUGUGAUUUAUGGAAUACUAAUAGCAGCUUAUCUGGCAAUGGUAAUUGCGGCCUGUACCUUGAAUUUUCGCAGAGCUUUGGCCCUCUUUGUCCUCACCCUCCUGGGCAUUUUUUUCAUCUGCUGGGACUUUUUGAUGGCCAGAUAUGAGAACAGAAUUGCAACAUCUCUUUCCCCUUGUGAAAGGUUUCUGAAAACCCAAUGGUUUUGGCUGAAAUGGGUGGUAUGGAUAGCUCUAAUAGCUGCCCUUGUGUGCUGGCUUGUCUUUGACACUGCCAGGCAAGGAACCAACCAGCUCAUUUCCUUUGGUGGCCUUAUAAUGUAUGUCCUCUUGAUGCUGAUCUUUUCCAAAUACCCAACUAAAGUUGUAUGGAGACCAGUAAUUUGGGGCAUAGGAAUACAGUUUUUUCUUGGACUAAUCACUCUGAGGACAAAAGCAGGAUUUGAUGCUUUCAAUUGGCUUGGUGUGCAAGUGCAGACUUUCUUGGAAUACACAGAUGCUGGUGCUGAGUUUGUGUUCGGUAAAAAAUACACAGAUCAUUUCUUUGCCUUCAAGGUACUGCCUAUAGUCAUUUUCUUCAGCACAGUGAUGUCUAUGCUUUACCACAUUGGAUUCAUGCAGUGGCUUAUUAAAAAGGUUGGAUGGGUAAUGCAAAUUACCCUGGGGACAAGUCCAGUUGAAUCUCUAGUUGCUGCUGGCAACAUAUUUGUGGGACAGACAGAAUCUCCUCUAUUGGUGAAGCCUUAUUUGCCCUACAUCACCAAGUCUGAACUACAUGCUGUCAUGACGGCAGGAUUCGCUACCAUUGCUGGAAGCGUCUUAGGAGCAUAUAUUUCAUUUGGAAUUCCAGCUUCCCACUUGUUAACUGCUUCUGUGAUGUCAGCACCAGCAGCUUUGGCUAUUGCCAAACUGUUUUGGCCAGAGACUGAAUGUCCCCAGAUAACUGUACAGCAGGGUACUAAAGUGGAGAAAGGAGACUCAAAAAACUUGUUGGAAGCAGCCAGUCAAGGGGCGUCUGCCUCCAUCUCCCUGGUGGCAAACAUUGCUGCAAAUCUGAUUGCCUUCCUUGCAUUGCUUUCUUUCUUUAAUGCAGUCCUGUCCUGGCUGGGGAACAUGUUUGACUACCCACAGUUGAGCUUUGAGAUCAUUUGUGCUUAUGUCUUUAUGCCAUUUUCGUUCAUGAUGGGGGUCGACUGGGAAGACAGUUUUAUGGUUGGUGAACUUCUAGGUUAUAAGACUUUUUUCAAUGAAUUUGUGGCUUACGAACAUCUUUCAAAAUGGAUCCACCGGAGGAAGGCAGGAGGGGAAAAAUACAUCAGUGGUGUGAACCAAUAUUUGAGUAUCCGAUCAGAAACCAUUGCCACUUAUGCUCUCUGUGGAUUUGCGAACUUUGGUUCUUUGGGAUUGGUAAUCGGAGGACUGACAUCCAUGGCUCCCUCCAGGAAGAGAGAUAUUGCGGCGGGAGCUUUCAGAGCCAUGAUUGCCGGCACUGUGGCCUGCUUCAUGACAGCUUGCAUUGCAGGAAUAUUAUCUGUUGCAGAAGAUCCAUGCACUACUUUACUAGAAAACAACUUCAACAUGAAUAGCACAGAAAUAGUUAGCUGCUGCUUAAACCUCUUUAACAGUGCAAACAGUUCCACAGAGAUCUUUUUAAAAGCAAAUGACAGCCUGAGGUCCUUGGCUGGAUGUUGUAAACGUCUGAAUCCAUCUACAUUUAACUGCAGCUGGACUACUCCAUCAUUUUAAACUGGGCACUUUAUGUAAAAGAUAAACAUAAAAAUAAACUUCACUGGACUGGUAGGGGUUGUUUUGUGGCAGACAGGACAAAUCUUGUUUUCCAGCUUAAACUAGAUUGGCAGCUACGUAAAUCCUCUAGCUUUAUUAGAGUUGUUGGGUAAGUAACCAUACUCGCUAUCUCUGAUGAGCUCUUGAAUCCUAACAUAACUUACCUGAUCAUGGUGAAGGACAUAUUUAUACUUUUAAAACUGUUUCAAAUAUUUAUUUAAAAUAGUUCCAAAGACCAUGUUUGCCUACACCUUCCAAUUUUCAUUACACAUUAAGAAGAGACAGACUUUUCAGUCAAAGAUUUUUGUCCUAUGGAACAUAGGAAGCUGCCUUAUACUAAGUCGGAUCAUUGGUCAAUGUUAUCAUUCUAGCUCAAUAUUGUCUACAUUGACUGGCAGUGGCUCUCCAGUGUUUCAGAUGUGGGACAUUUCCAGCUGGGGGAUUGAACCUAGGACCUUCUGCAUGCAAAGCAGAUGUUCUACCACCAAGCUUCUAAGCUACAGCCCUUUCCUUAAUCUUGCUAUAUUGAGACAAAAUUAUCUCAAUGUGAUCCUAAGCAUGUCUUUCAAUGGGACUUUCUCCAAGUAAAUACUGUAUGUUAAUGUUUGGAGCCUUAUGUGUUCUGUUUUUAAGUAAUGUAAUUGUGGUUUUGUCGUUAUAGGGAUUAAGUGAUCUAUUUUGGAAUUUGUAUUUACUGUGUAUUAAAAUCUCCCUAGUAUCUAUACAAACCAGAUCUCACAUGGUUUGGGGUAGCCAGCAUGGUGCUCUCCAGCCCUAGCAAACAUGGGUGAUGGCCAGGGAUCAUAGGAAUUGUAGUCCAAAAACAUCUGGAGGGCAUCACCUUGGCUACACCUAAACUUGAAAGCACAACACAGUGACAAAACACUAUGUGGGAUCUGUUGAAAAACUAGCCGUGGUUUUCUUUUAAAGUUGAACAUUCCUAGAAUGUUGUGUGACUUUGGAUUCAGUUGGCAAACCAGGAAAGGAAUGCAGCACAAGCAAAAACAGUUGUUCUUGAACUUCUGCCAAGGGAGCAAGAUUUUGUGAACUCUAGAGCAGAUUAAAUUGGAAAUGCAAAUAAAUGGUUAGAAAUUAAUGGAAGGCCACACAUGCAUGCAACCAGUUUUGGUACUGGUGUUAUCAGUCACUGUCAAAUGGCAGGAGCCUUUUCUGAACCAUGUACAAGAGCUGCUGCUGGCUAUGCAAACCCAUGCUGUUGUAUUAUUAUGUAUACAAGAAAAUCUUCGUAACACAGAACCACACAACUACCGGAAAGGGUCUCAAUGCAAUAGUUUUGCAUGACCAAUAAAGAUCAAUAAAAAUACUCUGGUGGCAUUUACUCCACCAGAGGUUACUUAACUCUAUAUUGGUAUUGCUGCUGGUGGAGCUGGAAAAUGCAGCACUCCACUGGUACCUAUUUAACAAUACUAAAAAUGUUAAGGCUGCAAUCUGACAGCCGGCAUUUGGCUGGUUGAGGGGGCUGUAGGAAGCUGUGUAAGAGCUGCUCCGCUAGUGAAGAGGGAGGUCUACUUUCUAGAGGGAGCCCCAGGAUGUCCACAUAACAUUCUGCUACCCUGGGCUCCUUCUGGGAGGAAGGGAUAUAAAUGUAAUUUAUUGUUAUUAUUAAUAAUAAUAACAACAAUAACAAUAAUAGAGUGGUGGAGGCUGAAAUGGGGUGUUCUGGAUAUAUUUUGUACUCUCUGGAGAUUGUUUCAGAGUAGAUAUGCAUAGGAUUGCACUGUGUACAGUACUUCCUUAAGACUUUUUGUCAGUUUCAUCUCGCAUCUCUGGAGUUUUUACCUCCAGAACCACACAACCUUCAAACAACUUUAUGGUUUACAAAAAUCUUAAUCUUACAUAGCAUGGAAAGUGUUAAUAAAA